AUGUCACAACCUCCUCAAAAUCACUCAUCUGCCUCAGCCGACUGGAAAGCUGGGCUCAAGGCUCCACCGAAAGAUAGCAGGCCGCAAACGGAAGAUGUGACUGCGACACGCGGUCUAGAAUGGGAACAAAUGAACCUCCGUCGUGAACUACUCAUGGGCAUCUUCGAAGCUGGAUUUGAGAACCCUUCCCCUAUACAAGAAGAAGCUAUUCCCAUCGCUCUCACUCGUCGUGACAUCCUUGCACGCGCGAAGAAUGGGACAGGCAAGACGGGCGCUUUCGUCAUUCCCUGUCUCCAGCACAUCGACACUACGAUGCUAAAAAUUCAAGCACUUCUCUUGACCCCCACUCGAGAACUCGCGCUUCAAACUGCUCAAGUUGCCAAGACGCUGGGGAAACACAUGGGUGUAAAUGUAAUGGUGACAACUGGCGGCACAACCCUCAAGGAUGACAUCCUCCGUCUGGCUGAUCCCGUCCACAUCCUUGUUGGGACUCCCGGGCGCAUUUUGGAUUUGGCAAGCAAAGAGGUCGCCGAUUUGAGCUCCUGUGGGGUAUAUGUCAUGGACGAAGCAGACAAGCUAUUGAGCCCCGAGUUUACCCCUGUGAUGGUGGAGUUGCUGGAAUUCUGCCCUCCUCAGAGGCAGGUGAUGUUGUUCAGUGCUACUUUUCCUGUGAUCGUGAAGGAUUUCAAGGGCAUUCAUAUGCGUGACCCUUAUGAGAUCAAUCUCAUGGAUGAGCUUACAUUACGCGGCGUGACCCAAUAUUAUGCAUAUGUUGAAGAGCGCCAGAAAGUCCAUUGUCUCAAUACCCUGUUCGGCAAGCUUCAAAUCAACCAAUCAAUCAUCUUCUGCAAUUCCACAAGCCGAGUCGAGCUACUGGCAAAGAAGAUCACCGAGCUAGGAUACUCAUGCUUCUACUCACAUGCCAAAAUGCUUCAAGCCCACCGUAACCGCGUUUUCCACGACUUCCGCAAUGGCGUCUGCCGAAAUCUUGUCUGCUCGGACCUUCUUACGCGUGGCAUUGAUAUCCAGGCUGUCAAUGUUGUCAUCAACUUCGAUUUCCCCAAAAGCUCCGAGACAUAUCUCCACCGUAUCGGCCGCAGUGGACGCUUUGGACACCUCGGCCUUGCCAUCAACCUAAUAACGUACGACGAUAGGUUUAAUCUCUAUAGAAUAGAACAGGAGUUGGGAACAGAAAUCCAGCCGAUUCCCCACACCAUUGACCAUGCAUUGUAUGUGGCACCAGGUGAGAGCACAGCAGCAGACCCGGCAGGCGGCCAGACUCCAGCAGCAACAGCAAGCCGCUAG